AUGGAACUAUCCAACCAGAAGUUAAAGAAUGAGAUGAAGCCAGUGGUUCAGAUGGAACUAUCCAACCAGAAGAUAAAGAAUGGGAUGAAGCCAGUGGUUCAGAUGGAACUAUCCAACCAGAAGAUAAAGAAUGGGAUGAAGCCAGUGGUUCAGAUGGAACUAUCCAACCAGAAGUUAAAGAAUGGGAUGAAGCCAGUGGUUCAGAUGGAACUAUCCAACCAGAAGAUAAAGAAUGGGAUGAAGCCAGUGGUUCAGAUGGAACUAUCCAAUCAGAAGAUAAAGAAUGGGAUGAAGCCAGUGGUUCAGAUGGAACUAUCCAACCAGAAGAUAAAGAAUGGGAUGAAGCCAGUGGUUCAGAUGGAACUAUCCAACCAGAAGAUAAAGAAUGGGAUGAAGCCAGUGGUUCAGAUGGAACUAUCCAACCAGAAGUUAAAGAAUGGGAUGAAGCCAGUGGUUCAGAUGGAACUAUCCAACCAGAAGAUAAAGAAUGGGAUGAAGCCAGUGGUUCAGAUGGAACUAUCCAACCAGAAGAUAAAGAAUGGGAUGAAGCCAGUGUCUCAGAUGGAACUAUCCAACCAGAAGUUAAAGAAUGGGAUGAAGUCAGUGGUUCAGAUGGAACUAUCCAACCAGAAGUUAAAGAAUGGGAUGAAGUCAGUGGUUCAGAUGCAACUAUCCAACCAGAAGAUAAAGAAUGGGAUGAAGCCAGUGGUUCAGAUGGAACUAUCCAACCAGAAGAUAAAGAAUGGGAUGAAGCCAGUGGUUCAGAUGGAACUAUCCAACCAGAAGAUAAAGAAUGGGAUGAAGCCAGUGGUUCAGAUGGAACUAUCCAACCAGAAGAUAAAGAAUGGGAUGAAGCCAGUGGUUCAGAUGGAACUAUCCAAUCAGAAGAUAAAGAAUGGGAUGAAGCCAGUGGUUCAGAUGGAACUAUUCAACCAGAAGUUAAAGAAUGGGAUGAAGCCAGUGGUUCAGAUGGAACUAUCCAACCAGAAGAUAAAGAAUGGGAUGAAGCCAGUGGUUCAGAUGGAACUAUCCAACCAGAAGAUAAAGAAUGGGAUGAAGCCAGUGGUUCAGAUGGAACUAUCCAACCAGAAGAUAAAGAAUGGGAUGAAGCCAGUGGUUCAGAUGGAACUAUCCAAUCAGAAGAUAAAGAAUGGGAUGAAGCCAGUGGUUCAGAUGGAACUAUCCAACCAGAAGUUAAAGAAUGGGAUGAAGCCAGUGGUUCAGAUGGAACUAUCCAAUCAGAAGAUAAAGAAUGGGAUGAAGCCAGUGGUUCAGAUGGAACUAUCCAACCAGAAGUUAAAAAAUGGGAUGAAGCCAGUGGUUCAGAUGGAACUAUCCAACCAGAAGUUAAAGAAUGAGAUGAAGCCAGUGGUUCAGAUGGAACUAUCCAACCAGAAGAUAAAGAAUGGGAUGAAGCCAGUGGUUCAGAUGGAACUAUCCAACCAGAAGAUAAAGAAUGGGAUGAAGCCAGUGGUUCAGAUGGAACUAUCCAACCAGAAGUUAAAGAAUGGGAUGAAGCCAGUGGUUCAGAUGGAACUAUCCAACCAGAAGAUAAAGAAUGGGAUGAAGCCAGUGGUUCAGAUGGAACUAUCCAAUCAGAAGAUAAAGAAUGGGAUGAAGCCAGUGGUUCAGAUGGAACUAUCCAACCAGAAGAUAAAGAAUGGGAUGAAGCCAGUGGUUCAGAUGGAACUAUCCAACCAGAAGAUAAAGAAUGGGAUGAAGCCAGUGGUUCAGAUGGAACUAUCCAACCAGAAGUUAAAGAAUGGGAUGAAGCCAGUGGUUCAGAUGGAACUAUCCAACCAGAAGAUAAAGAAUGGGAUGAAGCCAGUGGUUCAGAUGGAACUAUCCAAUCAGAAGAUAAAGAAUGGGAUGAAGCCAGUGGUUCAGAUGGAACUAUCCAACCAGAAGAUAAAGAAUGGGAUGAAGCCAGUGGUUCAGAUGGAACUAUCCAACCAGAAGAUAAAGAAUGGGAUGAAGCCAGUGUCUAAGAUGGAACUAUCCAACCAGAAGUUAAAGAAUGGGAUGAAGCCAGUGUCUAAAAUGGAACUAUCCAAGCAGUAGAUACAUCUCCUAUAAAUGUUAAUAUCUGGUUGCGUCUGCAGCCAAACCAAAUUCAAUAUUACUUUUGUAAUCCAGCAAAUAGACUAAAGUUAAGACUAUUUUACAAACGAAUGUAUCAUUCAACCUUUAAAUGAAUAAUGGUCACAUUUUCAGGCUACAGUAACUACCUGGAUACGUUUCUUCGCGUGUAAUCUUAUAGAGCGUGCUCGUUCCAGGUGGCAGGUCAGAGGUCAUCACAGGUCUGUGGAGAUCUUCACAUUGGGCUCUAAUUAUCUGUAAGGAAUCUACAACAGCAUUGAUCACUUGCACCAUGUUCUUGUUAAUGUGAUCUCAACUACAACUCAGGUCAUUAGGUUAUUAGAUGAAGCACAGUGACACCGUGUUUAUAUGUUGUAUAACUAAAUGAAAUACCUGACAUUGUCUUCUCAUUUUGAACUUUGCUGAGCUUUUAAAUGGUUGAAAGCAUAGUAAUAACACACUGGAAAGUCAACUAACGUUUGUCUGUCUGAGUGGGUGAAUAUAGGUUGUAAUCUCCUUUAUCAACGACUAAACCAAACACUACAUGUUUUCAUUUAACCUUUAUUUAACCAGGCAAGUCAGUUUAAGAACAAAUUCUUAUUUACAAUGACGGCCUAGGAACAGUGGGUUAACUGGUCUAGGAACAGUGACGGCCUACCCCCCGGCCAAACCCGGAGAACGCUGGGCCAAUUGUGCGCCGCGCCCUAUGGGACUCCCAAUCACGGCCGGAUGCGAUACAGCCUGGAAUCGAACCCAGGGGCUGUAGUGACACCUCUUGAACUGAGAUGCAGUGCCUUAGACCGCUGCGUCACUCGGGAGCCAUGACGUGCUGUACCCAGUGGGUAUUUAAUUUGGCUGUUUCUUAGAAGAAUCUUUCAUUAAUCCUUCUCUCUAAACAACAACGUGUGGAAGACCUUGAGGGAGGCUGCAUCAGGGGUGGAGGGGAAGACCUUGAGGGAGGCUGCAUCAGGGGUGGAGGGGAAGACCUUGAGGGAGGCUGCAUCAGGGUUGGAGGGGAAGACCUUGAGGGAGGCUGCAUCAGGGGUGGAGGGGAAGACCUUGAGGGAGGCUGCAUCAGGGGUGGAGGGGAAGACCUUGAGGGAGGCUGCAUCAGGGGUGGAGGGGAAGACCUUGAGGGAGGUUGCAGAAACAAACUUUCAAACAAAAGGAAACCUCUCCUACAGCUACCCAGAGUUAAAGGCCUCCUAGAGACAACAUCCUCUCCUACAGCUACCCAGAGUUAAAGGCCUCCUAGAGACAACAUCCUCUCCUACAACUACCCAGAGUUAAAGGCCUCCUAGAGACAACAUCCUCUCCUACAGCUACCCAGAGUUAAAGGCCUCCUAGAGACAACAUCCUCUCCUACAGCUACCCAGAGUUAAAGGCCUCCUAGAGACAACAUCCUCUCCUACAGCUACCCAGAGUUAAAUGCCUCCUAGAGACAACAUCCUCUCCUACAGCUACCCAGAGUUAAAGGCCUCCUAGAGACAACAUCCUCUCCUACAGCUACCCAGAGUUAAAUGCCUCCUAGAGACAACAUCCUCUCCUACAGCUACCCAGAGUUAAAUGCCUCCUAGAGACAACAUCCUCUCCUACAACUACCCAGAGUUAAAUGCUUCCUAGAGACAACAUCCUCUCCUACAGCUACCCAGAGUUAAAGGCCUCCUAGAGACAACAUCCUCUCCUACAGCUACCCAGAGUUAAAUGCCUCCUAGAGACAACAUCCUCUCCUACAGCUACCCAGAGUUAAAUGCCUCCUAGAGACAACAUCCUCUCCUACAACUACCCAGAGUUAAAUGCCUCCUAGAGACAACAUCCUCUCCUACAGCUACCCAGAGUUAAAUGCCUCCUAGAGACAACAUCCUCUCCUACAGCUACCCAGAGUUAAAUGCCUCCUAGAGACAACAUCCUCUCCUACAGCUACCCAGAGUUAAAGGCCUCCUAGAGACAACAUCCUCUCCUACAGCUACCCAGAGUUAAAUGCCUCCUAGAGACAACAUCCUCUCCUACAACUACCCAGAGUGAGGGAGUUGAAACCAACAGACGCCAUUUUGCAGCCUUUGCUGUUCACUAGGGCUUUCUUUGUAACAUGUCCUACUUUGACAAAAUAAUGAAUACAUCAAAUCCCUUUUAAUAUCCAGUAUCUAUCAUAUCACCUCGUAGUUAAAUGUGAAUGUUUGUAGUUAAACUCAGCAAAAAAAAGCAAUGCCCUCCCUGUCAAAUGCGUUUAUUUUCAGCAAACUUAACAUGUAUAAAUAUUUGUAUGAACAUAACAAGAUUCAACAACUGAGACAUAAACUGAACAAGUUCCAUAGACAUGUGACUAACAGAAAUGGAAUAAUGUGUCCCUGAACAAAGGGGCGGUCAAAAUCAAAAGUAACAGUCAGUAUCUGGUGUGGCCACCAGCUGCAUUAAGUACCGCAGUGCAUCUCCUCCUCAUGGACUGCACCAGAACAGGUCCCAGACGUGCCCUAGCCCUCACCCUCCGAUCCAACAGGUCCCAGACGUGCCCUAGCCCUCACCCUCCGAUCCAACAGGUCCCAGACGUGCCCUAGCCCUCACCCUCCGAUUCAACAGGUCCCAGACGUGCCCUAGCCCUCAUCCUCCGAUCCAACAGGUCCUAGACGUGCUCAAUGGGAUUGAGAUCAGGGCUCUUCGCUGGCCAUGGCAGAACACUGUGGGUACCACAUGAGGGAGGAGGAUGUUUUCCCUGUAAUGCACAACGUUGAGAUUGCCUGCAAUGACAACAAGCUCAGUCCAAUGAUGCUGUGACACACCGUCCCAGACCACGAUGGACCCUCCACCUCCAAAUCGAUCCCGCUCCAGAGUACAGGCCUCGGUGUAACGCUCAUUCCUUUGACGAUAAACACGAAUCCGACCAUCACCCCUGGUGAGACAAAACCGCGACUUGUCAGUGAAGGGCACUUUUUGCCAGUUCUGUCUGGUCCAGCAACGGUGGGUUUGUGCCCAUAGAUGACGUUGUUGCCGGUGAUGUCUGGUGAGGACCUGCCUUACAACAGGCCUACAAUCCUGUGCAGGUGUUGUUACAUGUGGUCUGACGCUGCGAGGACGAUCAGCAGUCCGUCCUGUCUUCCUGUCUUAGGCGUCUCACGUACAUUGCAGUUUAUUUCCUUGGCCACAUCUGCAGUCCUCAUGCCUCCUUGCAGCAUGCCUAAGGCAUGUUCACGCAGAUGAGCAGGGACCCUGGACAUCUUUCUUUUGGUGUUUUCAGGAGUCAGUAGAAAGGCCUCUUUAGUGUCCUAAGUUUUCAUAACCGUGACCUUAAUUGCCUACCGUCUGUAAGCUGUUGGUGUCUUAAUGACCGUUCCACAGGUGCAGGGUAGCCUAGUGGUUAGAGCGUUGGACUAGUAACCGAAAGGUUGCAAGUUUAAAUCCCCGAGCUGACAAGGUACAAAUCUGUCGUUGUGCCCCUGAACAGGCAGUUAACCCACUGUUCCCAGGCCGUCAUUGAAAAUAAGAAUAUAAUUUGUUCUUAACUGACUUGCCUAGUUAAAUAAAAGGUAAAAUCAUAAUAAUAGUUUAUGGUUCAUUGAACAAGCAUGGGAAACAGUGUUUAAACCCUUUACAAUGAAGAUCUGUGAAGUUAUUUGGAUUUAUACGGAUUAUCUUUGAAAGACAGGGUCCUGAAAAAGGGACGUUUCUGUCAUUGACAUGGUACCUUUUGUGUCGCUCCAUUCCAGACACGUUAUCCAUCUGCAAACACGGUGUUCCCUGACAUGAACAGUACAGAGGAAUACAAUGCAUGAAAACCCAACCGCAUUGAUGGGCCGUUCUCGUUACUCUAUACGUCAUGUGAUCAGUCAGAACAAUGAAAAGAAUGCUAUUUUUAGCUCUUGUUUCGGGUUUUCUCUCCAUUUCGAGAGAUUACCUCUGGACACAUAAGUAGUGUUAUUAUGUGUGGCUCACUGCGAUCCAAGUUACCUGGUGAUUGUGGUCGUGAGAUACCCGUGAGAGUUGUUUGUCCUUAUUGUGUGUCUACAGUCUAAAGCAUCACCUCUGUUUUCAGUAGGUCUUGGUGUAACUUGUGUAACAAAGGAAAACCCUUUGUCGUACCAUCACAAGGCAGUUUUUAAAGCGUUUCCCUGAGAGGGUCUGAACUGAGUGGUGAAACAAAACAUUGGGUGGAGUUUUGUUACAUUGACGUAGGCCGUUGACAUAUUUCAAAGAGCUUUUUAACUUUAGAUGGAGAGAAAAAAACUAAAGGUAAGUACGAGUCUUGGUCACGUCCCUCCCAAGAGGCUCUCGGGGACACCGAGAGUAUAUUUACUGUGCACUGUAAUCUUCUCGUCUCAAUCGAGGAAAGACAAGCCGGACAGAGACAACAUGAAGAUGCAGAUGUUGGUGGUGUUGGCUGUAGCAGCCUUGGUCCCCAGUCUGUCUGAGGACGGCUCCUCUCCAAAUGUGAGCUGAAGAACUUGUUGGAGAAGGAGACCCUCAAAUUCAACAUGACUGGGGGAGCCGGAGUGACUGGGGGAGCCGGAGUGACUGGGGAGCCGGAGUGACUGGGGGAGCCGGAGUGACUGGGGAGCCGGAGUGAAGAACCUGACAAACAACGAUUUUGUGGCUAAAAUCGUCUGCCACGUGGAGAAGGCCUCUGCUUUCAACACCAGUUUUGUGACUGCUUGGAGGGAUGAUGACGGCCCUGAUGUCCUCCCUACCCGCCCUGCCAAGCCUCCUAAGAGGGGUAAGAGACACGCUGGGAAUCACUUCAACUCAGGAGAGGAAAGCUCCAGCGAAGAA